GUGUCUUCCGGUAGGACGGGUGCUGCCAUCUUGUACGGAACACGAAAGGGCUGUCAUGGUGAUAUGCUGUGCGGCGCCGAACUGCACCAACCGGCAGGGGAAGGGGGAGAGAGGAGCUGUCUCCUUUCACAGGUUUCCACUUAAGGAUUCGGUUCGUCUCUACCUAUGGACAGCCGCUAUGCAACGUAGUGACUGGAUCCCGGGCCCCUAUUCAUUCCUGUGCAGUGAGCAUUUCAGUGAAGAUAGCUUUGUCCCACGUAUGCCUGACCAGCACCCUCUUCUCAGACCGGACGCCGUGCCAUCCCUCUUCAACGGUGCCAGAGAGAUCAAGAGGAAGCGAGCAUUCCAGCCACACGUAUUGCGACUUAAAAAAAGAAAUACAUCAGUCUUUUCACUAGAAGAUAAUACGCUUUAUGUGUCACCAGAUGAAGAUUUUGUAGGUAAAAGUGACACCUAUGAUGUCACCAAUAGAAGUGAUGCCAUGGACAGCAGGCAUCUUCUUCAUCCAGGUAGCCAACAUACAGCCUCCAAGUUUAUCUUUUCCCUGCAUUCGUACAGUCGGUCUUCAGAGACCCCUUCAUCAACGAAUAUAGAGAAUUCUGAUUCUUCACUUCAUCUACUGGAAGAAGGAGCCAAACACCCACAUGAACGACAUAAUAAAGACAACAACAAGCUCUCGCCAUCUUGUGAACACAGAUCUGGGAAUAACAUGAUCACUGUGGAAGGUUCUCAGGAAUCAUUUGUUAGCAAUAAUACAGUGUUGGCCUCAAUAGAACAGGUAACCAACAGUGAAGUCCUGGUGUCACCUGCAUAUGUGGUACAGAAACCUAUCCCAGGGAAUCAGAUCCAGUAUCCUUCAACAGAAAAGGACUUGGAGGCUUUGAACACUUUUGACUUCGUACAUUCAUAUUGCAACACAGCAAAGUCCCUGCCCAGCCAAUCAGAGCAGUGCGGUACUGAGGAACUGACCGCAAGGUCUGAAGGAGAGGAACUACAAGGUGCUCCUCCCUUGAACCCAGCUGUAGCUCCGUUGGCCUGGAUGCUAGGGACAUGGGUUUCUGAUCCCCCCGGUGAAGGAGAAUUUCCCUCAAUCCCCUCCUUUCGUUACAAGGAGGAAGCAGUCAUCUCACAUGCAGGACAGCCAAUGCUGAAUUUCAUGUUUUGUGCCUCUAACCCUGAGACAGGGAAACCAAUGCACAGAGAAUGUGGAUUUAUUCGUAUGAAGCCUGGGACCAAACAAGUGGCAUUUAUAUGUGCCCAGAACACAGGUGUAGUUGAGGUGGAAGAAGGCGAGGUGCAAGGAGAGCAGCUCACUCUGACCUCACAUUCACUAAGCAGAAUCAGCUUUGCCAAAGAGCCUCAUGUACAGCAGAUCUCCCGUAUCUUCCGCCUGACCGCUGAAGGGAAGCUCGAGCAGAUUGUCUCCAUGGCAACUAGCACACAAGCCAUGACUCCUCACUUACGAGUUACGUACAAGAAAGUGACCUCAUAGUGACCGUCCAAGAGAAUGAACUAGUGCCUGUACUCCUCACAUUACUUGAAUAAUUGUAAAGCUGCUGACUGCUCGGUUGCCCAUUGAGUUAAUUGUUCUUACAGUGUAAUCCUGCCUUUUAUUGAGAUAUACAUACACUAAUAAAGGGGUUAUCG